UCUCUCUCUCCCUCCCCGUGAAAAGAGCAGGGGGGAGAGGAUCAUAAAAAAAGCCAGGAACGGCGACAGUGACAGCGCCUGCGGCUCCGGCGCCUGUGCGCGAUCCUCCCUCUCACUCACCGCCAACACUCGCACUCAUGCGCGCACUCACCCGUCUCCACCAGACACCAGCACGCCGCAUCACUGCGCUCGCAUCCUAACAACUCCCCUGUUUCUAUCGUCGCUGUCGAGCAUCCGUCACACGAUCGGCCGUCGAGACACAAACGCUCUCAUUUCAACCCUUUAAUCUGAAUGACGGGAGGACGGUUCGACUUCGACGAUGGCGGCACUUUCUGCGGUGGAUGGGAGGAUGGAAAAGCCCACGGACACGGAAUCUGCACCGGCCCCAAGGGUCAGGGCGAAUACUCCGGGUCCUGGUCGAACGGAUUCGAGGUAGUCGGGGUCUACACCUGGCCCAGUGGGAACACAUACAGGGGCUACUGGGCGCAGGGUAAGCGGCACGGGCUCGGCGUUGAGUCCAAGGGGAGGUGGCUGUACCGCGGAGAGUGGAGUCACGGAUUUAAGGGUCGGUAUGGGGUUCGACAGAGUCUCAAUACACCUGCCAGGUAUGAAGGCACGUGGAGUAACGGACUGCAGGAUGGAUAUGGGGUCGAGACCUACGGCGAUGGGGGUACAUACCAGGGCCAGUGGAUGGGCGGCAUGCGGCACGGUUACGGCGUGCGUCAGAGCGUGCCUUACGGCAUGGCCACCGUCAUCCGCUCCCCGCUCCGCACCUCUCUGGCAUCCCUCCGCAGCGAGCAGAGCAAUGGCUCUGUUCUGCACGACCACAUGUCAGACAGCCCAGCUGGCACCCGCGGCGGCUUCGUUCUGAACUUCCAUAGCGACAGCGAGAUGGGCUCCGGUAAAAAAAAGGGCCUGUUCAGACGGGGCUCGCUGUUCGGUAGCCUGAAACAGCUGAGGAAGUCUGACUCACGCUCUUCCAUAUCCAGCAAACGAAGUUCGGCACGAAGCGACGCCACCAUGAGCCGCAUCAGCUCCAGCGAUGCCAACUCCACCAUCAGUUUCGGUGACGGCGAGGUGGCGGACGAAUACCUGCCGGCGGAGGACAACGUUGAUGCCACCACCACGGAGUCGUACAUGGGCGAGUGGAAGAACGACAAGCGCAAUGGUUUCGGGGUGAGCGAGAGAUCCAACGGAAUGAAAUACGAGGGAGAGUGGCUGAACAACAAACGGCACGGCUAUGGGUGCACGAUAUUCCCUGACGGGACGAAGGAAGAGGGGAAAUAUAAAAACAACGUUUUGGUGCGUGGCAUCAAGAAGCAGCUCAUUCCCCUUAAGAACACAAAGACAAGGCAGAAGGUGGACCGUGCGGUGGAAGGAGCUAUAAGGGCGUCCGCCAUUGCCCGAACGAAAGUAGAAAUUGCCACAUCAAGAACCGCACAUGCCAGGGUUAAGGCGGAAGCGGCAGACCAGGCCGCUCUGUCUGGCAGCCAGGACUCUGAUAUCGCAAGAGCUGUGGCCAGAGAUCUAUCCCCCAACUUUCAUCAACCAGGCCCAGACUAUAUCAAGCAGAGGUUUUCCAGUGAGCCCAUCGAGAUUAAAGAAGUCCCAGAAGAGAAGAAAGAGAAAACACCCUCAGAAAGUCCGCACUUUUAUCGCAAAGGCACGACCCCAAAUCAGUCCCCCAGCCCAAGUCCAGCUCCUACUCCACCCCCCUCACCGCCCCAGAGCAAGAAAAAGCCCUUCUUUAACAGAAGCGCCACGAAAGAAAACAAGCCCCCUGCUGCUGAAAGCCAGGCAGCGGGUGUUAGCAAUGCUACUUCUAGGAUACCAGACAAACAGGAAGUAAAACAGGAAGUAGUACCAGUACCUAAACCCUACAAGUCACCGGCGCCGGUCGCCAACACCUCCAGCCCUGGUAACGGUGAGCUGCAUACCCAGUAUCAUGGCUACUAUGUGAAGGCGGAUGUCAUGAUCCCACCUGUCGAGCAGGAGGUGGAGGAACACCACGAGACUUCAACUGCUCUUGCCAGGAUGCCCCCACCUGCGAAGCAGUAUCGCGCUCCGACCCCCAAACCGGUGAUGGCCAAAGAGAGCAAACCCGAGCCAAAACUGAAGAAACAGGAAUCAUUGAAGCCAAAGAGCCUAGCAGAAACUAAGAAAGCCAGCAUGGAAAUUACUACAGACGUUGUUGAGGAGGAAUCAGGUCCCAACUCAAUAUUGGUCAUGCUAGUGAUGCUGAUAAAUAUUGGACUGGCAAUUAUUUUUGUCCAUUUUCUCACUUGACGGAACCUUAAACUCAGCUGUGCCAGAAUGUUAUUCAACAUAAUUACUUACCCUCUAACUGUUUCGACCCUUCAGUGAGCUCAUGAAAACUAGCGGCGUAGGCCCCUAAUUCUCUGCAGUUGCGUCAAUGGCACUUAAAACAAAAUGGCGCCAGUCAGACUCAGACACAGGCAAAGGACUGGACGACUGGAAUUAGAGCAAAUCACGGGAGAAAGAUGAAACCUGGACCAUUCGGCAUGAGCCAGCCCAGUUCCUCUGGCGAUGAUUUGUGACUCGCUUGGGCUCUGAAAGCUGAAGCAAGCAGUCGUUGGGAAAGAAAAGAAUCUGCUGAUCCAAGCCGUACCCAGUCAAGUACAUGACCACCCCGCUGCUAUGGGGAGGGGUGGAAUGGGGGGACUUAACUGGAUAUGUUCGGAGAUGCACUUUUAGUUGACGAAAGAGAACAGCUGCCUUACUAAUUUACCGACUGACGUUUUAAAUGGGGAGAAGUGGGCUGGGUUGCCAGUGUGUUUGGGCAGCAGAAGCGUGUACCAGUGUCCGCUUUCCAUUUGCUUGAAAACACCAUGCACAUUUUGAAAGGGUCACUUGCCAGUCUUAUUCCAUUACCCAUCUCUGCAGCCUUGUCUAACAUCUGCUCCUGUUUUAGGAGGUUUAUCCGUGACAUGCCUGUGCAUGGUACUGGUUUAUUGACGUUCGUCUUGACUGUUUUCUUUUUCCUGUUGUGUUAUUUUGCUGUACUUUUAUUGUAGCUGCCAAUGACAAAACAAUCUUUAGUGAAAUAACAGCAUGUUACCGGCAAGUCUUGCGUUAAAACACCGAUAUCCCAUGGAAAAACAAAUCAAGUAUUAUUGAUCUGCAUACGCAAAUUAUUUUAAAGACUGGCCCUUUAGAAAACAGUGCAGUGCGUGGUGUGAUGUUAUUUAUUUAUUAUAAAAAUUUAUAUUGUAGAAUUGUGUUUUUUUUGUAAACUAGGGAUUAUGUUUGAUGUUGUACAUUCACUAUAGGUAAUGCAUGGCUUUCUUUUUUUUGAGAAAUGAAUUAUGAUUACAUGGUUUUGCACCUUUUAACGUCAUGGCCUGAGACUGUGUUGUCUCUAACCCCCAGCCCCUCGCACCACCCCUUAAAGUGAUACUGAACCCAAAAAUGCCAAUUCUGUCAUCAUUUACUCACCUUCCAGUUGUUCAACAUCUGUAUACAUUUUGUUCUGUUGAACACAAAAGAAGAUAUUUCGAAGAAUGUAGGACAGCAAACAGUUCUUGGGCACUUUUGACUACCAUUGUAUUUUUUCCUACUAUGGUAGUCAAUGGGGGACAAAAUCUGUCUGGUUAUAAGAAUUACUCCAAAUAUGUUUCUCUGUGUUCAUCAGAAUAAAUAAAUGUAUACAUAUUUGGAACAACUCGAAGGUGAUUAAAUGAUGAUUUUUUUGGGUAUCACUUUAACCCGACAUUUGCAGUGUUAUACCUGCAAAUUUGUGUUGAAAAAAUUCAGGUUGACCCACUGGUUCUAAACGCGAAUGUAUAGAUGCCUUUAAAGCAUUUGCGACUGUGUUAGUUUACCUCAGAAAAUACGUGAUUUUGAACACUGUCUUAAUUAGGAAUUUUGUGCAAGUCUGCUGUUAUUCUCAAUUAUUUUGGUCAAGUGGUGCAUGAGGAUGUGAAUUGAAACUAUUGUGCACAUAGUGCUUUUGCACUGUUAUUUAAAUGAAAGUUGUAUACAUAUAAAUAGAUCUAUUUUAUAUACAAAGUCUGAAUAUUUUUAGUCAACAGUUGGAUGCUGAAUGGCCUUGACUAGAGUUACUCUACAGCACUGUAUCGUCUGAUGAUUGAUUUGAACAUCCUGUGUGCAUGGUGUAUUUUGCGGCUCUGGUUUCUGUUCGGGGCUCAUGGACUGGAGGAUAUGGGGCUGUAUGUGCCGUGUGAAGUGUAAAUUACAGCAGUAACAGGGUGACUGUUUUUCAGAGGUUUUGUCAGACUGCAAAGUAUGUGAGAGAAAAGGAGGAGGGAAAAGAGGAGCAUCAGAAUGGAUGGAAAUUUGACAAGGGAAAUUUAUCGUCGUAUUAAUUAUUUUUUAUGGAAUAUUUUUUUUGUGGUGAGGGAAAAAACUUUGAUUUACACACAUCGGCUAUGUAUAUGGCUUUUAUUGUGCUUUUUGUUUUCUAUGUAUGUUUUUAUUCCAAUCCCAACCUAUUAAAUAAUGGAUGUAUGUGUAAUUAAAAAAAGAUCCCCAUGACAUUUGGCUUUUCUUCCACCAAUUCAUUUUUGUCAUUUUGUUUCUAAGCAUCCAGGCAAAGCGUAGAGUAUUUUCUCCACGAAAUGAAAGAUGUUUUAGUGUUAACUUAAAUACUGUAUUUGAUAUAUAUUUAUAUUCUUUACAUUGUCAAACUUAUUUGAAUGUAUUUUCAUUUUAAGGUUGAACGUAUGGAAAAAUGUUGAUAUUUUAUUCUCCCCACAUAUGAAUGAUUUUGACACACAUACACAAACGAUUUAUCUGUACAUACAUAAACACACAUAUAUUUUUGGAAAAUCUAAGUAAAUUAUAAUUAAAAAAUGUCACAAUGCACAAUUCUGAAGCAUGUCCCAACAUUGUUCUGUCUCACAUGUAGUCACAUGAGUUUACGCGAUGACCACUGUUAAUAAAGACAAAAUGAUUAGACAAGCAAGAGCCUGAGCAGGGGACUCCCAAUACUUUCAUGUAAUCUUCCUUUAGGCUCACAUGUAUGUUUUAUUUUAGAGCAGUCCUUCCCCUUGGGUGUGAAAAUUGUUCCUUGUCUGGAGGAUUGCUGUGGUGAUCCUAAGACCAAAAUAGUGCAAAGCAGCUGCUGUUGGCGGGGAGAGGGUCGCAUUUGAGCGGCGUGAGGGUCUUGCCAGCCUAUGACCGAACGCUCCUCCUCUGAGCUCACGGGAGGGCAAGAAGUGGAAGGUCACCCACCAGCUGCUUUGUUGAUCUUUUUUUGCAUGUGAACAUGGACCCUGUUGUGCACUAAAGUUUUAUAGAAAGCGCCUGUUGCACAUUAGAAGCGCUGAAGUCGAAAAUAAGAGCGAUACUGAGGUUAAACUGGAAAUUCUGCCAAAAGGCAUAACACAAAUGAUUUCUCACCAUUAGUACCCAUUCGAUUCUUCUCACUUGAUGUUGUGCAUCAAUAACUUCCUACUGACGCACAAACAGGAAGAGGAACGUACAAAGGUAUGUCGCAUAGUUCACAUGACACAUGCAGCUAUAAUGGAACUCCCUCGACGUUCAUGACAAAGGUUUGCAUCAUUUUGCUCGCACACAACUGGUCGAGACAAAUUUAGAGCUUGUGUAGUUUGAGAAACGUUUCGGCAAGAAUUGCGAAGGUCGAACAGCGUCGGUUACAGGGAAUUCAUGGUAUGUGAAUGGGAGACGGUGGAAAACCUCUGCCAUCUUAGA